GAGUGAACUCUGCGCCUACCGGUAGGUGCCGUUUGUUUCAUCAAUUGUGUGCCUACCGUUUAUGUAUACUUAAUGCUAAAACAUUAUGGCGUAGGAUUCACUCCCAAUUCGAUAUGACAAAUUCGUACCGAUAUGCACCUAUUACGAAGGGCGUAUCGUAAUCGUAUUGACACAAAUCGACAAGCCCUCCUCUCUAGAAUAAGAAUACCUAACCUAGGUUUAUUGUUUAUUUUAUUUGUUGUGUGUUGUGUUUUUGAAAUUUCACAAUUUUCAAUUUUCUCUUGCUUGGAAUUCUGCUGAGUAAAAAAGUAUCUUCUUGUUGAAAUUUAAAUUACCAAUAAACCAUGAGGGAAACGCAAGACUCUAAGGAUUUUUCUAUUCUGUCUUGGUACGAAAAAUUUGAGCCCAUUGCAAUGAAAACAAUAAUUCUGGAACUGUCUGACGAUAUCUUGAAAUGUUUCCAAUAUCAGAAUGUUUCAGAAGAGUCUGAUAAUGAAGACACUGAGAGAAUUGAAACGCCUUUACCACAAGCAUUUCAGGAUAGCUUGAAAAGUGCAUUUAAUACUUUAGGAAAACCAGUGUUUAUCAAAAAUAAUUGGCACGCUCCAAUAGACGCCAAAAUGUUUAGUGUUGGAAAUACACUGAAAGCAGACACCAUUGAUGAUAUUAAACUAUUUCUUACAACUUCAGGUAUAAUCCAAGAAGAUUUCUUGACAAUUAAAGGCAUCCCAUUUUGUUUGGCUUUGAGAAAAUGGAUAAGCAUUCAUCCCGCUGCAGAAUUUAGAUGCAUUGUGGUAAAUAAUGUGCUUCGAGGUAUAACUCCAAGAGAUUGGCCAACAUUUUAUGCCCAUUACAAAGAAGAUGGUCCUCAAAUAAUUGAUACAUUGUCAAAUUUUUUUGUUGAAAAUGUAAAGUUACGAUUUCCUAGGGAAAAUUAUACUAUUGAUGUUGUGUUAUCAUAUCCAGAUAGACCGUUUAUUAUGGAUUUUGGACCAUUGAAUAACAAAACCAAUUUGUAUGCGUUCUCAUGGAAAGAAAUCGGACCAUUAUUUUAUAAGGAUACACCAGAAGAAAUCACUCCUGUCUUUAGAUAUUUAGAAUCGGAUAUUGGUAUUAUGACUCGAGCAAGUGCAUUAUUGAAAAUACAACAUUAAAUAAUAAGUAUACUUUUUUAUCAAAUAAAAUAUGUUUUUUUAUUAUAUAAAUGAUGUAUUUUACUUUUAUUGUUUGAUCACUUCAUGAACAAACAUUUUUGCAAGAGUCUAAAAUCUAGGAGAUUCAGAUAAGUCUAAUACAAUAUGGCUUUCACAAACAAACAAAAAUAAUCAAUAAAAGUGACAAAGGAUAAAUUUUGUGAUAAGAACUCUGGUACAAUAAGGAGGAAGUAUUAAAAAAAAUGUCUCCAUUGCUGUUCCAUAAAAAAUUAUCGUCAUAGGCCAACUAUUUUCAAGACCUUAUGUAUAUUGUUAUAAAAUCUCUAGUAUCCUUAAUUUCCUCAUAGUUAACUAAAUGCCAUUUCGAUUGGCCAAAAUUUGGGAAAAAAGGCCGAGGAUCGGUGUGCCUACCAGAACCAUCGUGAGGUCCA